AUGCCAGAAGCAAGCCAAUAUCAAGAUGAAUUCAUAAUAAGCAAUAGCAGCAACAACGAGUGGUUGAACCUCAGCCUAGGUGGGGGAAGCUGUAACUCAGCAACUACAGGGUGCGAUUCAUCACAAGGAAGAGUUAAACCACACGGAAAGGUUUUCUCAUGCAACUUCUGCAGAAGGAAGUUCUUCAGUUCACAGGCACUUGGAGGUCACCAGAAUGCACACAAGCGGGAAAGAGGCACAGUGAGAAGAUAUCAGUCACAAAGGAUGAUGGUUAUGAUGGGUUUACCUACUAUGCAUACUAGUCUUCCAGUCGGCAGAUCCCUCGGAGUCCAACCACAUGCCCUGGUUCACAAGCCAACUAGAGAUAUGAUCUCUACCACCCCGAGAUUUGCUGAGCUCGAUAAAGGGUUUGGAUCGACUUGCAAGCCCUUCUCCCUUGAAGGUACGGUGGAGUUGACGUGGCCAGGCAGCUUUCGCUUGGAUCCAAAACUACCAGAGACGACCCUCGACCUUGACUUAAACCUCAAACUCUGA